CUUUCGAAGCUCGAAGCCUCGAAGUCGAACCUCAAAGCAGAUAAGAGAGCAAAGAGAUGCUUCUGAGCAGAGCUCAAGACCUCCCGCCAUCCUCCACUCUUACGCUCGCCUCUACGUGUACGCUCGUACCUAGCCUUUGCUCCUCAAAACCUUACCCCAAAAGCGUAAUCCGCUCAAUCCCCAUGCGCUCCUCCCUCUCCCUUCUCCGCUCCCUCUCUUUCCCACUCUCCCACCACCGCCCACACCACCGAUUCCUUUGCUCUAUAUUCACCCUACCUUUCUUUUUGUCCCCAAAACCCCUGAAGUUUCGUACUCUCUGCGCGGUUUCUAAUAGGACUUCCGUCGAACAGUUGGCGUGCGAGGCUCCACUGUCCGAAACACAGGAGAAUUGGGAUUUCAGUGACAAUAAUGAGAGUGAGGCGGCUUUUGAUUUCGAUAAAAAUGUUGGGAAUCUGGAUUUGAAGCACGCCGCGGUGCCGACUCUGGACGUGAAGGAGCUGGCGGAGCUGCCGGAACAGUGGAGGCGGUCGAGGCUGGCAUGGCUAUGUAAGGAACUCCCCGCGCAUAAGGGCGGGACGCUUGUUCGGGUACUUAAUGCACAGCGGAAGUGGAUGAGGCAAGAGGACGCCACUUAUGUCGCAGUGCAUUGUAUGCGGAUUCGAGAGAACGAGGCCGGGUUUAAGGUGUACAAAUGGAUGAUGCAACAACAUUGGUAUCGAUUUGAUUUUGCUCUGGCUACCAAGCUAGCUGAUUACAUGGGUAAGGAGCGGAAGUUCUCAAAAUGUCGAGAGAUAUUUGACGAUAUAAUCAAUCAGGGACGUGUGCCUAGUGAAUCUACAUUCCAUAUACUGAUUGUUGCCUAUCUUAGUUCACCGAUUGAAGGUUGCUUGGAGGAAGCAUGUAGCAUUUACAAUCGUAUGAUUCAGCUUGGAGGUUACCAGCCCCGACUUAGCUUGCAUAAUUCCCUCUUCAAAGCUCUUGUAGGCAAACCAGGAGCCUCCUCAAAGAAUUAUCUCAAACAAGCUGAGUUUAUUUUUCACAAUUUGGUGACAAGUGGACUGGAGAUACACAAGGAUAUCUAUGGUGGCCUUAUUUGGUUACAUAGCUAUCAGGACACCGUUGAUAGAGAAAGAAUAAUGUCAUUACUGAAGGAAAUGCAAAAUGCAGGACUUGAAGAGGGCAAAGAAGUGCUUUUGUCCAUGUUGCGUGUUUGCUCAAAAGAGGGAGAUGUGGGGGAAGCAGAACGAACUUGGCUCAAACUCCUCUGUAUAGACUGUGACAUCCCACCUCUGGCUUUUGUGUAUAAAAUGGAAGUCUAUGCCAAGGUUGGAGAACCCAAAAAAUCCCUGACAAUAUUCAGAGAGAUGCAGGAACAAUUGGGUUCAUCCAGUGUUGCAGCAUAUCAUGAAAUCAUAGAGGUUUUAUGUAAGGCUCAAGAAGUAGAACUUGCAGAGUCCCUUAUGGUGGAAUUCAUAAAGAGUAAUUUGAAGCCACUUACACCAUCUUAUAUUGAUGUGAUGAAUAUGUACUUCAACUUGAGCCUACAUGAUAAAUUAGAGCUAGUCUUCUCCCAGUGCCUUGAGAAAUGUCAACCCAAUCGCACCGUUUACAGUAUAUACCUGGAUUCUUUGGUGAAAGUUGGCAAUCUUGACAAGGCUGAGGAGAUCUUUAAUGUAAUGCGGAGUAACCAGGCGAUUGGUGUUAACUCUCGAUCCUGCAACACUAUUUUAGGUGGAUAUCUGUCUUCAGGAGAGUAUGUAAAGGCAGAGAAGAUAUAUGAUCUGAUGUGCCAGAAGAGAUACGGUAUUGAUUCCCCUUUAAUGGAGAAGCUUGAUUAUGUUCUGAGUUUGAGUAGGAAACAGGUUAAGAAACCAGUAAGUCUGAAGCUAAGCAAAGAACAACGAGAGAUUUUGGUGGGUUUGCUCUUGGGUGGGUUGCAGAUUGAAUCAGAUGAAGAGAGGAAGAACCACAUGCUUCGGUUUGAAUUCAAUGAAAAUUCCAGCUCUCAUUUUGUUUUGAAGAGACAUAUACAUGAGCAAUAUUAUGAGUGGUUACAUCCAUCAUGUAAGCCAAGCGAAGAUUCCGAUGACAUACCACGUAGAUUUUGUACAAUCUCCCAUUCUUAUUUUGGUUUCUAUGCGGACCAGUUUUGGCCAAAAGGCAGGCCCAUGAUCCCAAAGUUAAUUCAUAGGUGGCUGUCGCCAUGUGCUCUUGCAUACUGGUAUAUGUAUGGGGGCUGUAGAACUUCUUCAGGGGAUAUUUUAUUGAAGCUGAAAGGAAAUCCUGAGGGUGUUGACAAGGUUGUAAAAGCAUUGAAGGCAAAGUCCUUGGAGUGCAGGGUGAAGAGGAAGGGAAGAGUAUUUUGGAUAGGUUUUCUGGGAAGCAAUUCCUCGUGGUUUUGGAAACUUAUUGAACCUUAUGUUUUAGAUGACAUGAAAGAUUUUCUGAAAGUAGGUGUUGCAACCUCGGAAAACAUUUCGGGAGAAACUGAGGACAUUAAUUAUGAUGAUGUGUCAGAAACCGAUGAAAUGGCCUCUAAUUGUAGUGAUGAUGAUUCAUGACUUUUAUGGACCGCCUCCUUUUAUGGACUGCAAAUGAUGCAGAAUGAGCACCGGAAAGACUACUUCAUGAAGUUUGGAGGCCUCCUCAACAAUUCAGGAUAUCAUAUCCUGGGGAUUUUGCAUAGAUGUUCAUAUUCAAAUUCAUAGAGAUCGAGUAAAUUAUUUAUAUAAUUAAGCUAGUGAAAAGAGCUUUUUCAUA